AUGGCUGUCUUCGGUGUAACCAAUGCAAAUGAUGAAAUAUCACAGUACCAGAUGGGUCGCUAUGUAAGUAGCAACGAAGCUAUUUGGCGUAUCUUUGCAUUUGCGAUCCAUGAAAGACACCCUACAGUAGUCCAUUUGGCAGUCCAUUUAGAAAAUGGUCAACGAGUUUAUUUUAAUGAAUCUAACGCGGCAGACAGGGCGGCACAUCCACCGUCGACAACAUUAACAAGUUUCUUCACAGUCUGUCAAACGGAUGAUUUAGCUCGCACUUUGCUGUAUGCUGACAUGCCACGCUAUUACACAUGGAACGCAUCAUCGAAAUCGUUACAGCGUCGAAAACAAGGAACACCAGUUGAAGGACAUCCAAAUGUAUUUGCUUCAGAUGCUCUGGGUCGCAUCUACACAGUACAUCCAAAUAACGAUGAAUGUUAUUAUUUGCGGUUGUUGUUGGUGAAUAACGAUUCGCACUGGGAUGAUACGCUCAAGGAUUCCGUAAUAUCUUCGUCGCCUCAUCAAAUUCGUACAUUGUUUGCGAUUAUCAUAUCGACAUGUUUCCCAUCGAAUCCAAAAGAUUUGUGGGUUAAGUAUAGAGAUGACAUGUCUGAGGAUGUUUUGCAUCGUGUGCGCCGUCAAACUUUGAAUCCUACACUACAAAUGACUGAAGAAAUUUACAAUGACACAUUGAUCAUGAUAGAAGAUAUGUGUUUAUUGAUGGCAAAUAAAGUAUUGUCGUGUUUGGGAAUGACAGCACCCAAUCGUCAUAUGCACGAUGCAUUAAACCACGAGUUGCAAAGAGAACAUCAGUACGACAUUGAAGCAUUGGCCGAAACAGUUCGUACAAAUGUUCCACAAUUAAAUCAACAACAAAGAAUUGCGUACGACACUUUGAUAGAAGCUGUGAACAGUGGAUCUGGUGAAAUUUAUUUGCUUGAUGCUCCCGGAGGAACCGGAAAAACGUUUUUAAUUUCAUUGCUUUUGGCGAGGAUCAGAUCGCGAAAUGAUGUUGCUCUAGCGUUGGCUUCAUCUGGAAUAGCUGCACGUUCUGCCUUGAAAUUACCACUAAACAUGCAAAUCACCGAAACACCAAUUUGCAACAUCGCCAAAAAUAGCGCAAUGGCCAAGAUCCUACAGGUAUGCAAAUUGAUUGUUUGGGAUGAAUGCACAAUGGCCCAUAAGAGGUCACUGGAGGCACUGGACAGAACGUUGAAAGAUCUUCGUGACAACCAAAAUAUUUUCGGUGGGGCCAUGAUUCUGUUGUCAGGUGAUUUUCGUCAGACUCUUCCAGUUAUUCCCCGAUCAACUGCUGCUGAUGAACUAAAUGCAUGCCUAAAAUCAUCAAAUUUGUGGCAGUACGUAAAGACACUCCACUUAACAACUAACAUGCGAGUAUUUUUGCAACAAGAGGAAACUGCAAAUGUGUUUGAGAAGCAGUUGUUAGACAUUGGAAAUAAUAAAGUUGCAGUGGACACCUCGACCGGAUUCAUCACAUUACCUACAGAUUUCUGUCACAUCACAGACUCAAAAGUGGAGCUUAUUCAGCGAGUUUUCCCAGCUAUAGCGCAAAAGUUCAAUAACCAUAAUUGGCUUUGUGAACGAGCAAUAUUAGCAGCGAAAAAUAAAGAUGCCGAGGAUCUUAAUGCGACCAUUCAGAAUUUUCUUCCAGGACAGUUGGUUUCCUUCAAAUCAGUCGACACCGUAAUGAACCAGGAUGACGUAAUCAACUAUCCCACUGAGUUCUUAAAUUGCAGUUAA